CAAGGUCGAGAUUGCAAGGCUUGUUUGUGAUGGCGACCGAGCACAUGGCGUCUUUUGGAGAACUGUUCCUUGGCUCCCUAUUGCAUCGGCCUGCUCUAAAUCCAACUUCUCGGUGCGUCGGCAAGCGGUCAACAUCGACAAAGACACUGAUUGAUGCACAUAUAUCAAUUGUACUUGCUGCAUGAAAGGUCCGGUAGAGGAGUCAGGAUGUUGCCUUCUUGAGGUAACGAGAACAGGAGAUGCCUUCUUCAACGAUGGAGGACGUCGCAGGUGGCGACACGGGCGACGCGGAGGCGGCGGCGCGGGUGCUGGACGGGAUCGUGCACGCGCUGGAGCGGAUGGUGGCGCGGAACGAGCGGGUGACACGGACAGACGCGGAGGAGGAGGAGGAGGAUGAGGAGGAGGAGGGGGAGACGGCGGCGUUAGGCGCAGAGCGGAUGCGGGGGAGGGGGCUGGCGGCGUUCCGGGGGACGCGGUCGCCGGGCAUCAGCGUGGGGAAGUACCUGGAGCGGCUGUGGCGGUACACGGGAUGCAGCUCCUCGUGCUUCGUGGUGGGCUUUGUGUACAUCGACCGGGUCGCCCACCGCCACCCGGCCUCCCCCGUCGUCUCCCUCAACGUCCACCGCCUCGUCCUCACCAGCCUCCUUAUCGCCUCCAAGGUCCUCGACGACAAGCACCACAACAACGCAUUCUUCGCGAAGGUGGGCGGCGUGAGCAACGCAGAGCUGAACCGGAUGGAGUUGGAGCUCCUCUUCCUGCUGGACUUUGGCCUGGUGGUGAGCUCUCGGGUGUUCGAGAGCUACCGCCGGCAUCUUGAGAAGGAAAAAAUGCUGGCCCGGGCCACUCAAGAGAUGGGCAGAGCCGUCGUCGAUGCCUCUGCCAAUGGUGGUGUCCAUGGUCUCCGUAAUGGCUCGUCGCGGCACUCUUUUUCGUCACCACGCUGCUCUAUAGACUGGUGAUGCACAUCAAUCAUCCUCUUCACUCCAUGUCGAGAAGAAGAAAUAGGAAGAUCAUGUGAAUUUGUAGUAACUACUUAAUUACUGUAGCUCCUGCACUACCAGUUCAAAUCAUUCAGCUGAACUUUUACCAAGAUGGCACCGGAGCUAAUAUAUAUA